GCAGCACCCGCCUGCACGCAGCAGACCAGUUCCGUUUGUACCACGUCGUAGCGCCAUGACCUGCGCGCGCAGCCUGCUCCUACUGCUGCUGCUGCUCUCGGUCGUCCUCGCGCAGGAGACGACGGGCGAAGUCCCGUCGCCUGCGUCCACUGAUACCCCGGCCCCGACGCCCGCAAUGAUCACGGACGCGCCGGCGACAACAGCGCCGCCGCCGACGACUGCGCCAGAGAUACCAACGCCCGCACCGUCACCGUCGCCAAAGCCCACGACGACUGACGCACCAGCGCCUACAGCCAACCCAACGUGGACACCGGCGCCGCCGACGCAAGCGCCCGUGACCAACCCGCCGCCCAAUCCCGGCAACAAUCGUGUCGUUACGCCGCCGCCUGCUGUGACGGCACCGCCCACGGCAGUCAUUUCGCCGUCGACCGGGUCGAGCUCGACCACCGCCAUGGCCGCCACGACGACCUCGCCACCCAAAGAGAAGAUUGCCAGUGGCCCUCCCAACAACAGCACAACCUCCACCGAGACUGCGUCGGGAUCCAACAUGGACGUCGUCGUCGGUGUUCUUGGCGGUAUCAUUGGCGCCGGCGUCCUCGCCCUCGGCAUCGUCUGCGUCCUUCGCCGGCGGCAGCGUAAAGACGUGCCGGCGCGGGACUCGACAUUUUGGCCCAUUUCGCCGCCGCCGGCGAUGCUCGAGGCGAGCCCGCGCAAGCCGUCGACGUUCUUCCGGAAACACCAGUCGGCGCUCGCGUCGCUCGAUGGCUCUCGCUCGACCGCCAUCUCGGACGACAUUCUCGACUCGUUUGCGCCCAACCGCCGGUCGUCCGCGCUCUUCUUACGCGACGAUUUCGGUCGGUCCAAGUCGGUGCAGAUCGACGUCGCCGAGUCGGUCCGGCCGUCCAACAUUCUCGUCGGCAGCGUGCAUAUCGACGACGACGACUUUGAUGGCGACGUCGACGCGCUCCGCGGACACCACCAGUCGUACACGCUCUAGUCUAUUUAACCACCCGUUUGUUUCGCAUGCCGUCCACGUACUACAUAGUCAAGUCGCAAG